AUGGUUGACAAAACUCCAAAGAUGCCGUGUUCGGUCUGCCAAACCCAGCUUUCUCAAGAGGGAGGAGUUCACUGCGCAGGCUGCGCCCGCGCCGCGCUCUACAAUGUCCGAACCGAACUCGCUAAAGUCUUACUCGAAAAGGAAGCACUACGUCGCAAGGUUGAGGCUAUCACUGGGCCUGAACCAGAUCCUUCCCAGCCUCUCGAUGAGGAGACCGCAGCACUGCGAAGCGCGUGGCAGGCCCAGAACAUCCGCAACCAAGUGCAAGAGAGCAAAGAACGGACUGAAGAAACUUAUCGCCUCAUCUCAGAGAAGAAGAAGGAACUAGAAGAGAGGAAGGCGAGAGCGCAGGAACUGCGGGAGAAACUUGGCAAGAGGCGAACCAACCUUGCCCUCGCCGAAGAAUCCCUGGCCAAAGACAAGAAGAAGCACGAGGAAGUGAAGGAAGCCUACGGCAAGCAGAAGGCGGCACAUGACACUCUUCAUAACCAAAUUGUCGAAUCUAAAGCGGCCCUGUGUCGAAAAGCAGCCGGUUUGUUGAAGCUGCAACACACCAAGAAGAAGACCAAAGACGGUGUGGUAAGAGACCGGUACACUAUUGGAGGUCUAUUGCUGCCAGAUCUGAGAGACAUCAACAAUUUGCGAUGUACCGAGUUGACUGCGGCUAUUGGAAACGCUGCUCGCCUCGUCAUCCUCACAGCCUUCUAUCUCGGUGUCAGACUGCCAGCCGAACUCACUUCUGCUCGCCCUGACUAUCCGCUUCCCACAAUCAACACUCCACUCACAUCUUAUUCUGGACAGCGAGUACCACUCCCUGGCAGUGGCACCAGUCUCUCAGCGCCCAGCAGUCCUACAACUUCUCGACUGGAUCUCAGCUCCUACCCGCGACCUCGUCCCCUCUAUAUCGGGUCCGACAAUCACGAGGAAUCUGUCUCACAAUUUGCCAAGAAAGAACCGGUUGCAUUUAGCUUUUUCCUAGAAGGAGUAUCGCUUCUCGCUUGGGACAUUGCAUGGCUCGCUCGUACACAAGGCUUUCUUGCAGGCACGGAGAGAUGGGAAGAUGUCUGUGACCUUGGUCGCAACCUGUACGAGAUGAUUUUGGGUCCUCCACAAUCUGCCGCAACUUUCCGCACCCUCACUCCACGAGAUAUCAAGAACCGCCAACGCCGCUCCGAGAGCACCUCCCUGUCUGUCCCAGAAGGUGGUCCUGCUAUCUCUGGCCGCCUUGGUUCACAAUCCCAUACAUCUACACAUACUCACCUCGGCCGAGCGACGGACAACCAGACGCCCGCCUGGCGUCUGAACAAGUACACCACAAUCGUCGACCCGUUGAAGAAACAUCUGCUCACGGAGAUGAACAACGCCGAGUGGGAGCUCCUGGACGAGCAGGAGUGGGAUGACGGUGGAGAGAAGAUGGACGAGGCGGUGUUCAUCAAGACCCGGGCAAUGGACGGGAAGGAGUACGAUGAUGCUAGAAGCAUCAUGACCACCACGACCGCCACCAAGGUGGCCGGUACGGGUGGAGAGGAGGAUGGUGCCCGGGGCAAGGGCAAGAGUGGCUGGACCAAGGUUAAGAGCCGCGAGAAGGUCUAG